CUAUCUGUCAUGCAAGUCAAAAGGAUAGUGUGGAGUCCUGUGUAAAGAAAUAGCUGACAGCGUACUUGUAAUAUCCAGUAUUCCUUUUGUUUCCGGCGCUGCUGAAGCUUUUUGGAGCGUUAUUCUUAUGAAUUACACACAGAGCAGGAGCCGUCUCUUUGCAUUUAGUUAUAUUGUCUCUGUUGAGAGGACGAUGCCUUUGAGGACCGGACUUUUUCUCCUGAUGGUGCUAAACGCAUCUGCAUAUGAACUGGAUCAGAACGAGUCUUAUUCGCCCAGAAGAGCACGCUUCUCUGCCAAUAGCCCUUGUAAGUAACAAGCUGUUUUCAUUUGCAUAUUUUACAGAGUGCACUGCUUGCUUUUUGCAGACCUUUUUCCACAAUGUAGAGAAUUACCUUUGCUCGCUUAAUGUGCAGAUAUUCUUUUUCCUCGUAUAUGUUUAUUUUCUUGGCCUAUGCAGCCUUUUGUGUGUAAACGAGCGCGUUAAUUCACAGAGAAGGCUGCAGGAUUAACGCUGUGGUUCUGCCGGUGUCCUGCCGGCAACAGAUGAGCAUGGAGCUUGGUGCUGACACCUGAGAGCGCAGGCUGUGUCAUGCUGAUAGUCUCUUUCUCAUGGCUUUGGCUGCUGCAUUAGGUCCCUCUGUUCAGAAUUAUUGUGGACUUGGAGCGGGGGUUUUAGUGCAUAAAACAUAAAGCUUCUGGUAGCCUUCCUGUGUUGCCUUCAAGUCAGAAAAAAAGUAGGAUACAUCAGUAUUUCCUCCUAUUUUGCCUUGAAAAGAUACAGUUUGUCACCUGGUUUACUUAAUGCAACCUUUUUUAGUUUCUUAUGCAUAAAAAAGAGGGAAUGCCACUGUCGUAAUCCUUUAUUAUCACCUGUGAAUGAACCAGCAAAGCACCUAACUGCAUGUCUUUCUUGAAAUGUUUUGAACACAAAGGUACAGUGCAGCAACAGAAGGCAGGGGGUAACAGGGAUGCUGAUUCCCUUCUGCAGGAAUUGCUUCAUCAUCAUAAGAUUUGCAGCUCACUCUCUGUAUUUUGAGAACAAUCUCUGGUCCCUGAUGGCAGGCAGACUUUAUCCGACUGUGCAGGUCAACAUGGGGCCCCAGAUUCAGGAGUCUGCCAAGUAGGCUUAGGCUCUGCAGUGACAUUUCUUAAUGGUUAUUACAAAGGAUUUGAAGUCAGGCUGCCUGCCAUCUCAGUGGAUUCUUGGAUGAAAAAUAAGAAAGAGACAUUCAGCUGGAUGAACUGAUUUACAGAUUAUGUUUUAUAGCUCUGUCUUGGUGUAACCUUUGUAGAGGAUCUUUGAGCUCCUUCUGGUCAUGAUGAGUUUUGGAAAAAUAAGCAUGAGGAAUAAGUUGUGCUUGUAAAUGCAGAGGAGGCUUACAUGUGGGUUUUUCAGCCUGGUAAAAAUUCUUGUCAUGUGACACUUUCUUUCUUCUUUGAAUGUCUAUUUCAUUAUCCUGAUCUCUGGAUAUUCAACUUCACUCUGACAUGUGCUGAGUUAUUAGUUAGGAAUAUUAAAGUGGUUUGGAUGUUCUCAAUUUAGCUUCUCUGCUUCAGCUUGAAAAAAAAUUAAAGACAGACUCCAGAUGCAAUGUGCGUUUCUAUGUGUGUGUGUUUGUGUGCCAGCAGUACAAGUGUAUUUUUGUGUGUAUCGACAGGCAUGCCAACAAUUUUCAGGAAACUCUUUGGUAUUUCUGGUGCUGUUCAUCCAAGCUCUGCUGAAAAGAACCAAACAGUGGACUACAGGUCCCUGCCAAGAGAAAAGAGCUCUUGUGCCAAAUAGUGUCUGAGACUCUCCCAGUUGUCAGGUGUCCAAUCUCCAGUCAAGUUUGCCCCGAGUGACUGUAUGUCUUUUGUGAAUCACCAAUGUAUGAAAAUUCUCUUUUGUUUGCCACAUUUUUGAGCCUAAACCCUGGCAACCUCUUGUGUAAUGAGCUCAGUGAGUGUGCAGUGAUUCCCACUGAAGCCACUGUUGGCUCCCCCGCUGAUGGUCCAUUCUCUGUGCCCACAGCAGAUGUGGCACGCUGUCUCAACAGUGCCCUCCAAGUUGGCUGCGGAGCCUUCGCCUGCCUGGAGAACUCAACUUGUGACACAGAUGGCAUGCAUGACAUCUGCAAGUCCUUCCUAUACAGUGCUGCUAAAUUUGACACUCAGGUACACACUUCAACAAAGACUGUACUCUCUCUGUUUCAACAUGCACAUUUCAUGGGUGUAACUGUCAGGGCAUGGAUGUGUGAAGAAUUCUGACCUGUUUGUUUUUUUUUUAUUUUAUAACAGGGUAAAGCAUUUGUGAAGGAGAGCCUUAAGUGUAUUGCCAAUGGCAUCACCUCGAAGGCAUUCCCCACUAUACGCCGCUGCUCCACCUUCCAAAGAAUGAUAUCCGAAGUCCAAGAGGAGUGUUACAGCAAGCUGGAUAUCUGCACUGUGGCCCGGUCCAAUCCAGAUGCUAUUGGUGAAGUGGCACAGCUUCCAAGCCACUUCCCGAAUAGGUGAGUACCUCCUUUUUCCUUCAUGUACUCUGCAAAGACUGGCUGGUCAGGGUAAUAGGCUAUAGUACAUAUUGUACAAUUAACCUUCAAGGCAGUUUUAAUCAUAAAAAUUAAGUUUUUAUUACAUGGAUUCAUCACAAAUGCAGAAAACCUUUGGCAAAAUAUUCAAACGAUGCUAAAAAGUAUACAAAAAGCAUGACUUCCAUUAAAAAAAAUCCUUUGACUUCAACUUAUGCAACAUAGCAGAUGGCUAAAUUUGUAUCGAUUUCCAUGUUUUGGUUACCAUCUGCUUCAUACAUUCUUCUCUACAGUUAGGGAAAAUGAAACAGGAAUAUCAAGUUUGCAUGUUUUUGUUCCUAUUGUUCUUGUAAUACUCGUAGGUUUGCAGUUUGGGAGUAGGUACAAAAGGGGGGCUAGAGGGUGGAGCACAUGGCUUAGUAGUGACUGGAGAAGGGACGGUUACUCCCAUAUGGAUGACAUCAGAGUACAGAGCAGCGUGCAAAAACAGAAAUACCUACGAGGUGUUAGAGGACUCUACAUGAAUAUAUGGUAGUAAAUGCCUGUUCUGAAAAAAAAAGCAGUCUGUAACACAAAGUUUUGUUCUCUUAGGUUUUACGGUAAGCUGCUGCAGAGCCUGAUGGACUGCGAUGAGGACACAGUGGAUCGCGUUCGGGUCAGCAUGGUGUCGCGGCUGGGCCCAGAGAUGACCAUGCUUAUUCAGCUGCUGCAGAACAAGCCCUGCCCAUCCACUGCUGUGGCUGCAGCUGCCGCCAUCCCAACUGGAGUGGAGGGCCGUGGGAGCUGGCGCUGGUCCAUAGGUCCCCAUAUGUACAAGAUCCAGCCUAAUCUGCGAAACAGAGACUCCGCCAGUCAUUUUGGCAAAAAACGUUCAGCCAGUGACAGCUCCUAACUCCCACUCAGAUCCAGAAACUCCACACACUCCUCAAAACAUCGUGAAAGCUCCAUUAUUCCCUAGGGGUGACAGAAUACAUUCCUCUGCUAGACUGGAAGUUACAGAAACAUGCACCUCUAGGGAAUGCAGGAACGCCCAUAGAGUCGAUAUCAGAAGUUGAUUGUUGUUAUAUUGUAUAUCCCACACUUAGGCCCUUCCAUCGACUGUUUUCAAACGUGUCUGCUCACAGUUAGUGUCGAACAUGUGGCUGUUGCGACGUUGCGACGGGGUCCUGUUCGCUCCUCUUCACCUCCUCCAACAGAGCUGAAUCCUUAACGAGUCUUUUGAUGCCAAGAAAACAAAAAAAAAAGAAAAAAAAAAACAGCCAUAGUGGUUCAUGCCUGUAGAGCACAAGUAUGUACGUUAAAAGACAAAAACUCAUGAUUUUGACAUUUCUUCAUGGCUAGAAAUCAGUAGUUGGAAUAUUCUUAGUUUAUUGAUAGGGAUGAGAAUUAACUGGUAGAUGUUUCUAAUAUUUCCGCUAUGAGACCUGUGAAAUUGUGAGCAUGAGAUGUGGAAAUAAUUUUCUAUUUUCUAACACUAACAUCACAGUUUAAUGUACUGUAAACUAAGUUAUCUGAGACAGCCAUAGCUAGCCCUCUAGAAGAGAGACAGCUCAUAUGGAGGGAGGUCUGUAGAGGUUUCAUGAUAACCUUUGAGAGGUUACCUUAAAACUAACCAAAAAACUACAAACUGCCCUGAAUGCUAUUCAUGAAAAACCAAAAUAGUGUAUAGCUAUAGCACUUGUAAUUGUUUUAUAUUUUUUUCUGAUGGCAGAUGUAGCCAUGGUCGUGUGUGUCGAAGCAUAGUCCUGUACCUAGGAUCGUCCAGGUCAUGGCUGAGUCUAAACAUCAGAAAAAGUCCAUUUUACAUAUCUUGUAUCCAGCUACUUGUAAAGCAUAUGACUGUUGAGCUCUGAAGUGUAUGUAGGACCAUGUUUAGUGGAAUCUGUAUCUGUGUUUCGACCUGAGCGUGAAGCAGUAGUGUAUGAGGAGUAGCUGAUCAGCACGUUCACCAAUGAGACUGAGAGCAGUCGUCUUCUUGGACUGAUGAUCACUGCUCUCUGAGGUGGAUAACGUGACAUACACACUGGCUUCCAGUGUCGAGAUUGAGAAUGACUAUUUAAAAAGAAAAAAGCCUUGUUGGAAUGAUAUUUAUUUUCCUACUAUAUUAUUUAAUGUUUUUUUUUAUUAUUUUAAUGCAUUAUUGUAGUUUUAAUUAGUUUACAGGUUUAAAAACAAGUUCAGACAUGGCUCCUAUUUGAACAUGAGCUGUAUGCCAAAAAAAAAAAAAGUGAGCUGACACUCUGGUGACUGAAUGGGACCCAUGUCAUGACUCUGUGCUGGCCAUAGGGGAACAAGGUUGGUCAUUCAGGUCAGGUGAUCUACUUCCUGGGUGUUACAAGGGACCACAACAAAACAAUAGCUUCAUUUUGACACAAUUUCUGGAUGACGGAGGUCGUCAGUGCAGCUGCUAGCUUAUCUGGUGCACACAUUGUGGAAGAUUUAGCAGGUAUAAUCACAGAUGAACAAACACCAGCAUCGAGAACUACUCUUCUUUUUUAUUCAUUUGCUGUUUUGUUUUUUAUUUUUAAUGUGUCAGCUCUGAUUGACAAGAUUACCCCAAGACAUCUCUUUGUAUAGUGUCUAUAUUGGCGUUGACCCCUUUAAAACGUGCUUUUACCUAUGUCAUUAUGAAAUUAAACAUAAAUAGCAUAACGUUAACAUCCAUAUUUGUAUUUUUCUCCAAAUGAAUCUGCCUAAUCAUGACAGUCUGAGUUUGGAUUCAUAGGAUAAGUUGUAAUGGCUUCAUAUUCAACUGUUGAUCAAUCUCAUAGAUUUCUGAAAGCACUUCAUGUCAACCUUUUCGACCUUAGCCCCACCCAUGUACUGCUCUAUCAGGAUGCAGCCAGGAGGAUACGAACUAACAAGGGAAAAUGUAGAGAAUAUUUCUCCACAUACAGUAUAUUUACAAUAUAAAAGCCAGUAUCUCAGGUCCAGAUUUUUGCACUGUUAUAUAGCUACAGAUAAGCAGCACAAGCUAGACUGAAAGAAGUCGAAUGUGUGCAGACAGCUGUGAUUGACUAGACUCCUAAUGUAACAUCAGGGAUUUCAGUUAGUUUGUGUUUCAAUAAUACAUAGACGGUUCAUUGACAGUGACACUCAGGAGUUCUCAAUAGAUACAUGUUCAUGUUGUUCUGCAUAUCAAACAACUCUUUUGGUCAUUUUCCCCCCCAGAGUGCCCAACCAACACGAGUGUUUCAUUGGAGUUGGCAAUGUUGUACAGUAUUUUGCCACUUAUUGAAACAUUAUCUCAGCUGAUAUCACAAGUCGCUAUAAAGCUGAAUGGAAGAGCAAUCUGAAAAAGCUCCACACUGCUGGAACAAUAGCUCUCCCCUCUGUCUGCCAAUGCAAAAUGGCUGCUUAGCAUGCUGCUGACACACAGCCUGGAUCAGUGUAUGAUCAGGCACACUGUCAAAAUGUAUGAUGAAGCUCUUUAAGUUUCUGACAGAACUGUUCAUCAAAAUGGGAUUUGAAGACCAAGACAAUCAUUUAUGAUCAGUAGAUCUGUGGAGAGCAGCAGUCACUGAGACGGGUCUUCAUGCUGGUGUUUGAUUUCUACAGUUUGUACCUGUUAGGUAGAUACUGGUGCUCAAUGAGAUAAUCAGUGGGCUGAGUGAGUUUCUGUUGGGAGUAAUGUGUAAAUAUUCUUACACAUACAGAAAUGAACAUUAAGACAAGGCUGGGUUCAGUAAACUGGUUAACAACCAGAAGUUAGGAGAAAUCCCAAAAGGUCAAGCUUGCCAAAUCUUGCCGAAAUGAUUAUUAUUGCAGUUUUUACUCCAAUUUUUUGGAAGGAGUUGAACCCAGUCCUGUUUGAUGAGUCAUGAAAUGUCCUGUACUGAUGAGAGAAGCAGAGACUGGAGAAAGAGAUGUCAGUGUCAAUUGAAAAGCUAUGUUAAGAAUUCCAAACUAUGCAAUAAUCUCUCAUACAAAAGAUUCACAGCAACACAGAAAUUGACCUUUCUUUCAGUCAGUGCCAGCGAAUGCUGUGUUAAUAAAGCAGCAGCAUGUUUGCUUUCAUGCUGCAUGUACAGUGUGAAGGCAAUGCUCAUCUCUUCUAUUUUUUUUUUUUUUUUGUAAACUGGUGUUUGUUUUUGUUCUGUGAAGAUGAUCAUUUCUUUAGUGUCAUUUGGUGCGAAAGGGCAGCAGUUCUGAAGGAAUCACUCGGGAGGUUAAGAGCUAUAGUCACACUGUAAAAUAUCCUAGCUUACUAUUUUAUGUUCAAUAUGCACUUUGCAUCUUAACCACUAUAAAGGGCAUUGAAACAUUCAACACAUGUGCAAUCAAGACAUGUUUAAUUUACCCGGUGAAUAGAAAUCAGCCUGAAAAACUUUGCAUCCUGAAGGGUCAGGGCUUCUUCAUGUACUAUUGAUACAUAAUGUCUGUAUCUUUGUCGUCCAUGGGUAAAUCCAAAACCCAACAGCUGCUGCUAAACUGUUACUUCCCUGUGUGAUGCUGGUCCAGAUGCCUCCUUACUGUGGCCGCUCUGAUCAGUCAGCAUACAGAGAGCUCAGCAUCAGUCCACAUUUUACAUUUUAAUGUCUUUCCAUGUCGUCAUAUUUAUUUUCUAUGAACAUUCCUUGUGUCAAAUAUAUUUGGCAAGGGCAAAUUGACUGUUUCCUCACUAAGUCAAAUGUAAUGGUAAUUUCAGAGAAUGUACCUGUAUACUGAAUGUCUGUUUCAAUGUGGAAUUGCCCGAGUAAGGCGACCCAUGAAGGCUGUUAGGAGAAAAAAAAAUGAAUGGCCUGAUUUCUGUUUAGUUUAGGGUGCUUAAGGUGGUACUGGAGCAUUAUUAAAUGGACCCUUGGUGACUUUUGUGAAACAAUUUCUCCUGUCAACACCCUCACUUCUGGCACUUCAUGGUACUCUUUCCUCUCAAGACUUGAAAUAUAUAUAUUGAUAAAUGUUGUGCUUAAACAAAAUCAAAAAGCUUCAGUGACUAGUAAAGUUUAUUUUGUAUUCAUAUAUAUAUAUAUAUAAAUAUAUAUAAGUGACAGUUAUUUUACUAUCAGAUUCAAAAAGGAUUUAAGAAGAUUACUGAAGUUCCUGAUGCUAUGUAACGCAUGAUUGACCCUUGUGAAUCACUUGCACUUUAAAAUAUACCCAUUUACAUAUAUACCCAUACUGUGUAUAUGUUUGGGUUUUCCUCUGUACUGAAAAUUCAUGAAAGAUACAAAUGCAUCAACUGUGUGUCUUUUGCUGAUAAGAAAUAAAAUAUUUAUCAUAUCUGGCA